CAUUUGCUGCCUCCAAAGCAAAAUGAGAAAUUACAGAAAAUUGCUAUGACUUUGACAUGUAAGCUAUGGUUUGCUGCACCUUGAGCUUAAAAUAAAUCUACAUUUAAAAGAUGAAUCGUAUUUAGAGCUACUUAAAAACCCAUCCUAAAUUGACUGCCUUAUCUGUCUUAGCCAGAAGUACAUUUAACAUUCCUUCACAUACAAAUGGAGGUGCCUCUCUUUGCUACAGCUAUGCUGAUGUCAGAAUGCUUCAGUGUUCAUAGUAAUUGUCACAAUGCCGUCCAUGGACUGAAAUGCAUUUCCUGUACAAUGAGACCGUCAAUAUUAUUCAUAAUGAGCUACAUUUAAAUGAAUCAUUUAAUCUGGGACCCAGCUUCAAACGUCAGAGCUUUUUACUGAUAAGCUGGGAGUCCGUGGAUCAACACACAUGGAAAAAUGUCUGCACCACUGAAUCUGAGCAACUACAAGCAUUAUUAUGCAAAAAUAAAAAACCUGACUCAUGGAGGUCUGACUACCAGAAGGAGGCUGCCAGACAACUCUCCAAUACAGAAUUCUACAGGCCACUUUCUUCAGAUCCCACUGAGGAAUAUACUAAGAAACUGCACCAUCUACUCAGGACAUUCCCUACACUAACACAAGAACAAAUCAACACACCCUUACAGCCCCUACCGGGGUUAUUCUCUCUACUACCCAAGAUCCACAAGCCUGGAAAUCCUGGACGUCCCAUCAUCUCUGGAAUUGGCACUCUCACUGAAGGUCUGUCUGGAUAUGUGGACUCUCUACUCAGACCCUAUGCCACCAGCACUCCCAGCUAUCUCCGUGACACCACUGAUUUCCUGAGAAAACUACAAUGCAUUGGUGACCUUCCAGAAAACACCAUCCUAGCCACCAUGGAUGUAGAGGCUCUCUACACAAACAUCCCACACACAGAUGGAAUACAAGCUGUCAGGAACAGUAUCCCUGAUGAUGACACAGCACAACUUGUUGCUGAGCAUUGUGACUUUAUCCUCACACACAAUUAUUUCAAGUUUGGUGACAAUAUAUACCUCCAGACCAGUGACACCACCAUGGGCACCCACAUGGCCUCACAACAUGCCAACAUUUUUACGGCUGACCUGGAACAACGCUUCCUCAGCUCUCAUCCACUCACGCCCUUUUUCUUCCUAUGCUAGAUUGACAACAUCUUCGUCAUCUGGACCCAUGGGAAGUAGACUCUGGAAGAAUUCCACCACGAUUUCAACAGCUUCCACCCCACCAUCAACCUCAGCCUGGACCAAUCUACAUGGGAGGUCCACUUCCUAGACACCACAGUACAAAUAAGUGAUGGUCACGUUAACACCACCCUAUACCGAAAACCCACUGAUUGCUGUGCCUACCUUCAUGCCUCCAGCUUCCAUCCCGGGCACACCACACGAGCCAUUGUCUACAGCCAUGCACUGAGGUACAACCGCAUCUGCUCCAACCCCUCAGACAGAGACCAACACCUACAAAAUCUUCACCGAGCAUUCUCAAAACUACAAUACCCGCACAAGGAAAUAAAGAAACAGAUCAACAGAGCCAGACGUGUACCCAGAAGCCUCCUACUGCAAGACAAACCCAAGAAAGAAACCAACACGACUCCACUGGCGAUCACAUACAGUCCCCAGCUAAAACCCCUCCAACGCAUCAUCAGGGAUCUACAACCCAUCCUGGACAACGAUACCUCGCUUUUACAGGCCUUGGGAGGCUGGCCAGUCCUCACCCACGGACGACCUGCCAACCUUAAGCAUAGUCUCACCAGCAACCAAACACUGCACCAUAACAACUCUUACUCAGGAACCAAUCCAUGCAACAAACCUCAAUGCCAACUCUGCCCACAUAUCUAAAUCAGUGACCCCAUCACAGGACCUAACAAGAUCAGCUACAACAUCACCGGUUCAUUCACCUGCACAUCCACCAAUGUUAUAUACGCCAUCAUGUGCCAGCAAUGCCCCUCUGCUAUGUACAUCGGCCAAACUGGACAGUCCCUACGUAAAAGGAUGUAUGGACACAAGUCAGAUAUUAGGAAUGGCAACAUACAAAAACCUGUAGGAGAACACUUCUACCUCCCUGGCCACAGAAUAGCAGAUGUAAAGGUAGCCAUCUUACUGUAAAAAGACUUCAGGACCAGACUUCAAAGAGAAACUGCUGAGCUUCAGUUCAUUUGCAAAUUUGACACCAUCAGAUCAGGAUUAAACAAAGACUGAAUGGCUAGCCAACUACAAAACCAGUUUCUCCUCCCUUGGUGUUCACACCUCAACUGCCAGAAGAGGGCCUCACCCUCCUUGACUGAACUAACCUCGUUAUCUCCAGACUGAUUCUUGCCUACAUAUUUAUACCUGCCUCUGGAAAUUUCCAUUACAUGCGUCUGACGAAGUAGGUAUUCACCCACAAAAGGUGAAGCUCCAAUACAUCUGUUAGUCUUUAAGGUGCCACAGGAUUCUUUAAAAGAGAACAAAACAGUAAGGAUACACACAGACUUGAACCAGGACCAGAAGUUUUUCUGUGGUAACUAUAUGUAAGGUCAGAAAUACUUAAAUUUUGUACCUCAGGUCAUCAGUGAAUUAUGGUCAAAUCCAGUUUGUUUAUUCACUUUUUCUCUGUCCCUUAUAAAAAUAAUCUGAGACAAGAUAGGGGAGGUAAUAUCUUUUAUUAGCCUACAUCUACCAUGUCUCUCUCGUAUCCUGGGACCAACAAAGCUACAACACUGCAAACAAAAAUAAUCUGAUCAGACAUUCUUUGUCUACUAUUCAGUAAAAGCCUCAAAGGGAAAUAUGCUGAAAGUGUAUUGACUUAUUAAGUCACCUGAUUUGCGGCUACAGCUGUUUUCUUUAUCUGAGCAAAGCUACAAAUAGUAGAUCAUAUAUGAGCAAAGAUUUUUUGCAUUCUGUUUGCUUUUUGGGCCAUUCUUGGUGAGCCUUUUACACUACUGUGCUCAUCAUGGCACAAACAGUUCUGGGGCACUCAGCCAAAGCAGCUCAAUGACUGCUGCUGUAAGAGGCAUAAUCACACUUCAAGCUCAGAAGUGCUAUUACAAGGCACUAAAGGAACUAUUAAGUGUUGUGCAAACUACAGUGAGGUGCUUGGUUUCUACUAAUCAGUUUAAGCCAAGCAGCCUGCGACAUGCCUAUUUCAGUAGUGUAAAUUGAGUAUCUAUGUUUUUAGAUACAGAUCUAGAGAUCUACCUCUGAGGAGGCAUGGAAACUCUAGGAGCUGAAUUCUAAGUGCUGAUACAUGCGUACAACUCCUAUUGAAGUCAUGUAUCUAGAGUUCCUAUAUAACCUGGGGCUUCUGGCAUGGAAAUGGAUGUGCAGAUUUUCACCAACAUCUGGAGACUGGUGAAAUCCCCCAUCUGUGGAGAGAAGCCAGGGUCGUUGCACUCCUAAAGCCUGGAAAAUCUGCAGAUGACCCUUCUAGUAAAAGGCCAAGCUCUCUCUUAAGCACCACCUACAAGGUGAUGGAGUAUAUGAUGCUGAACUGAAUUGGGCCCUCUGUGGACACCAGCUCACCCAACGAUCAAGCUGGUGUCCAGCCACACAGAAGUUGCUGUGACAAGGUCCUAGCCCUCACUACAAACACUGAGGUUGGAUUCCAAUGAAAACUCAAGUCUGGUACUGCUUUCAUCGACCAGUCAGAGGCAUAUGACACAAUCUGGAAGGACAGACUGCUACCAAAACUGGCCAAAGUAUUCCCCUGUGCACAGAGUCUCUGGCUGCUGAACACAUGCAAAGUGGCCAAAAUAUAUGCAUAUGCCUUGGAGGUCAAACCAGCUAGUGCACACUUUAAGUAAUGGGCUACUACAAGGCUCCGUACUCACUUUGACACGCUUCAAUGUCUACAUGAGUGAUAUGCCUGAAAUGAUAGUACAGAAGUUUGUUUAUGCUCCUGAUCUGGCACUCGCAACUCAGGCCUGUAUUCAGUUAAAGAACUUAAUGUGACCCAUACAUCUGACCUUCAGAUCAUGGAGGCAUGGUUCCAAAAGUGGUGGCUGAGACCAAAUACAAGCAAAUCAGUGUUCUCUGCUUUCCACCUUGACAUCAGAACUGCACAAAACACUCUAACUGUUGAGUUUUGUGGUGAAACUGUGUUAUGACCCAAAGCCAACACAUUGCACUGUCAGUCUUGACCACACCCUCAUCUUUCAUGACUACCUCAGGUAAGUAGCCUCCAAAGAGAAGAUUCAUGUCAACGUUAUUCAAAAGUUAGCAAGAACAAGCUAGAGAUCAACUAACCUGUAGUUACGAACAUUGGCUGUGGCCCUUUGUACUCAAUUGUGGAGUACUGUGCACUGGGGUGGGCAAGCUGCCAUACCAACUGACUCAGACCAUGAGAAUCAUCAUGGGAACUUUAAAAAUCAACACCUCUACUGUGGAUUUCUGUAUUAGCAAACAGUGAACCUCCAGCUAUCUGUCGAGAUAUAGCUACAGCAUGAGAACUUAAAUACACCAAAGAACUUCCCAUUUGGCAGACUGUGGACAACAUACCUCAACAAUGCCUGAAAUUGCAAAAACCACUAUGUCUCCUCAUGUCUCUGGAUCAGGCCAGUGACUGGCGAAGUGUUUGGACACCAUCCCUCAUUAUAAACAAGCACAUUAUCACUGACCCACCAAACUGUCCUCAUAGUUUUGACCUGCCACACAGACUUUGGACCACACUGAACUGCAUCCAAAUAAACCAUGUAAGAUGAGGCUACUUGAUGCACAAGUGGAAAAUCAAAGAUUCCCCUUCAUGCACUACGGUGAGAACAUCCAAACCACUGAAUAUAGCAUAACAUAAUGUCCCAAAUAUGGAUUCAAAGGUGAAAUGGUUGCUAUCUAAAACAUCACAGUGGGCCUUGAAAUGGCUUAUAGACCUACAGCUGUGUCUACAGAAUGUUGCUCUGCAGAUGCCAUAUGUGCAUGAGAGACAGAGACUGAAGUCAAGGGGAGCUUUACAUAUGAAUCUAAUAUAGUUUGGCUCAGAGUUCUGCAAAUCCUAAUCUGCUUAUUUUACUUACCCAGUUCUAAUAUGCCUGAUAUUAACAACACACAUCAAGUGCUAGUAUACUGUGCCAUUGAUAGCAGGGCCGGCUCCAGGCACCAGCGCAGCAAGCUGGUGCUUGGGGUGGCCUGUGGAAGGGGGCGGCACGUCCGGGUCUUCAGCGGCAGGUCCCUCAGUCCCUCUCGGAGGGAAGGACCGAUCGCCAAAUUGCCACCAAAGAAUGAAGCAGCACGUUAAAGCAGCCGUUGAACUGCCGCAGAUUGCGCCUUUUUUU